CCCGCCCUCCGGCCCUUCUCCACCGCCCCAGCGGCAUCUAAGCCCUCCCCCCGCCCCUCCCCGCCGCCGCCCGACGCCAUGGUCUACGACCGCCUGGCUGAGGCCGUCAAGACCAAGCUCCGCCGGCUCGAGAACCCGGACUCACGCUUCCUCAAGCACGGGUCCCCGGUUCCCACGCUGGUGGACCACACGCGGGUCCUGGGCGCGCCCGAGACCCGGGUGACGACUCUCCCCAACGGCCUCCGCGUGGCGACGGAGUCCUCCCUGGCCUCGAAAACCGCGACCGUGGGCGUGUGGAUCGACGCCGGGUCGCGGUUCGAGACGGAGGAGACGAACGGCACCGCGCACUUCCUGGAGCACAUGAUCUUCAAGGGGACGGCGAAGCGGACCGUGAGGGAGCUCGAGGAAGAGAUCGAGAACAUGGGAGGGCACCUGAACGCGUACACGUCAAGGGAGCAGACAACGUAUUACGCUAAGGUUACGGACAAGGAUGUUCCCAAGGCGCUCGAUAUUUUGGCUGAUAUAUUGCAGAAUUCCAAGUUUGAUGAGAAUAGGAUUAGCCGCGAGCGUGAUGUCAUUCUUAGGGAAAUGGAGGAGGUUGAGGGACAAAUGGAAGAAGUAAUUUUUGACCAUUUACAUGCAACUGCUUUCCAGUACACCCCACUUGGUAGAACAAUUCUUGGACCGACACAGAAUAUUAAGACAAUCACUAAAGAUCAUCUGCAAAACUACAUUCAGACACACUACACAGCUCCUAGGAUGGUAGUUGCUGCAUCUGGAGCUGUCAAGCAUGAAGAUAUUGUUGAGCAAGUAAAAACAUUGUUUACAAAGUUGUCAAUAGUUCCCACCACAGCUUCUCAGUUAGUUGCAAAAGAACCAGCCAUUUUCACUGGUUCUGAGGUUAGAAUUUUGGAUGAUGAUAUUCCCCUUGCACAAUUUGCUGUAGCUUUUGAAGGUGCUGCUUGGACAGAUCCUGAUUCCAUUGCUCUGAUGGUCAUGCAAGCUAUGUUGGGUUCUUGGAACAAGUCUGCUGGAGGUGGAAAACACAUGGGUUCUGAGUUGGCACAACGAGUUGGCAUUAAUGAAGUUGCAGAAAGCAUGAUGGCCUUCAAUACCAAUUACAAGGAUACAGGUCUUUUCGGUGUUUAUGCUGUUGCUAAGAAAGAUUCCUUGGAUGACUUAUCCUAUGCAAUAAUGCACGAGACAACCAAGUUAGCUUAUCGGGUUUCAGAAGAUGAUGUUACCCGAGCUCGUAAUCAGCUGAAAUCUUCACUCCUGCUCCACAUAGAUGGAACAAGUCCAGUAGCUGAAGAUAUUGGGCGUCAGCUACUCACCUACGGCAGAAGAAUACCAUUUGCAGAAUUAUUUGCUAGAAUUGAUGCCGUUGAUGCCAGCACAAUAAAACGUGUUGCUAACCGAUUUAUCUAUGACAAGGAUAUUGCAAUUGCUGCCAUGGGACCAAUUCAGCGUUUGCCUGAUUACAACUGGUUCAGACGCAGAACCUACUGGAACCGCUAUUAGUUUUCAUAUUAGUUUAUGCCUCAUUUCAACUUCAUGGGAGAUGUGACCAGGCAAGUGAUUUGUUCAAAUUUACACCUUGUAUGUCUCCGGAUAGCGGCUCUGGUCUUCAUUUUUUAUUUAUUUGGUAUAGGUCUGUUUUUUUGUAACACAUGCAGAAAUAAAUAUGCUGUUAUCAGUGAUGUAAUUGCGUCCGACUCGUACCACUUUUUGAAAGUUUUAAUGGCUGAAAGUUGCCAUUGUUUCUCAAGAA